AGAAAGAGCGGAAGUCCUGUUUCAGCUUUCAAACGGCUAACUUUAGCAUUGUAAGCUAUGGUGCUAGUCUCUGUGUUUCUGCUGUAUGUUACAAUGGCAGCUGAACCAAAACAUUAGCACUGAUGCUAAAGUAAACAAUGCGGUCUGAAUAAUUAAAACCAUAAUUAUUCAGUUUCAGGGCGGUGAUCAGUACUCGCCGGCUAGCUAACGCUAGUUAGCCCUGUUAGCAUUCCAACAACAACAACAACAACAACAACACCGCAGCUGUCAUCGCGGAUCCCGCACUUCACCGCAACACAAGGCCGUUUAGAAGAAAUACAAAUGGAAACAAACGCGCCGAAGCGACGAGAUAACAAGAAGUCUCUGCGCGUGAAGGUGAUCAGCCUCGGGAACGCGGAGGUGGGGAAGAGCUGCAUUAUUAAACGCUACUGUGAGAAGAGGUUUGUUCCCAAGUAUUUGGCCACUAUUGGUAUCGACUAUGGCGUCACCAAAGUGCAGGUUCGCGACAGAGAAAUUAAAGUGAAUAUCUUUGACAUGGCCGGUCAUCCUUUCUUCUAUGAAGUGCGUAACGAGUUCUAUAAGGACAGUCAGGGCGUGCUGCUGGUUUACGACGUCGGCCUGCGGGAGAGUUUCGACGCCCUGGACAGCUGGCUCGGGGAGAUGAAGCAGGAAAUGGGCUCUCAGGCCAACAUGGACAGCAUCGUGUUCGUAGUGUGUGCCAACAAGGUUGACCUGACGAAGCGGCGGGUGGUGGACGAGGGCGAGGGCCGUCUGUGGGCGGAGUCCAGAGGCUUUCAUUACUUCGAGACGUCGGCGCAGAGCGGAGAGGGCAUCAACGAGAUGUUUCAGGCGUUCUUCUCGUCCAUCACCGACAUGUGUGAGAACGGCGGGAAGCGUCCGGUGUCAGAGGUCAGCGUGGGCUUCACCAAAGAGCAGGCGGACACCAUCCGACGCAUCCGGAGCAGCAAAGACUCCUGGGACAUGUUGGGGGUCAAACCUGGAGCCACGAGGGAGGAAGUCAACAAGGCGUACAGGAAGUUGGCGGUCCUGCUGCACCCGGACAAAUGUGUGGCCCCGGGCAGCGAAGACGCCUUUAAGGCGGUGGUGAACGCUCGCACCUCGCUGCUGAAGAACAUUAAAUAACACUGACGCACAUUUUAUUUAUUGAGGUCUUCGUUUCAUGUUCUCGCCACAGGGCUGUUCGCCAACGUCACGUCCGCUUUGUGACCACCUUUAACUUAUUUUGUGUGUGUGUGUGUGUGUGUGUGUGUGUGUGUGUGCGCGUGUGUGGUACCUGUGCGAAGCAAAAGGGGGCGAUGUUUCCAGCGAAAGUUUUCUCGUUUCUGACACUUUGGAAUUCGUCCGAAACAUAAACUAUAAAGUUUCGCUUUUACAGGAAGUGGAAUUACAGACAGGACGCAGCGCAUGCUAGCUGUUAGCAUGCUAGCUGUUAGUAUGCUAGUUUCAGUAGAUAUCUCUUGACUUUAACGUCAACACUCUUCACUUCCUGUUGACGCGUCAGCAGAGCGGCGGUCAAACGUCUGCGUUUAGCGGUGAAAAUUAAUCGUUUUAUUUGCGUGUCAACAUUUAGUCACGAAAGCUAAAUAUUAAUCGUGUUUUAAUCUCAAUACGAGUUAAAGUCUGCAUGUAAUCAAAAUGCAUGUUUAAUCUUUUAUACUCAGCGACGUGUGUUCCCUGAAGGACGAAGUUGUUCCUCCAAUCUGUGCCAUAACAUCUGUGUGUUUCUGUUUCCGUCGGAUUCUUACACUCGGAUCACACAUUUGUUCCCUUAAGUUAAUAUUAAAUUAUUUGUGCCAUCAAACUGA